AUGCCCGGAGUUGCCUUCUCUUCUGUUCCGGCCUCCGAUCUACGAAUCCUCUUCUCCGACUCCACGGCAAACUCCCGUUCUAUCUCCGCGUCGGUCUCAUCUUCCAGUCCACCCUCUUCCUCCUCCUUGCGCUGUUGCAUCCCAUUGAAUCUCAGAUCGCUACGCUCUCAUCGCGCCCCUAAGAUUUCUCCAAUCUGCUGCGAUUCUAGACACGGAAGCUCCACCUCCCGAUCCGGCCUCGGCGAUCCCGAUCUCGAGUUUCUCCAAGCCUCCGUCCUCGUUGCAGAGACAAGUAUGCAUUACAAAAUGCGGAGACAAGGAUUCCGGCAAGAUUCCAUGUGGCAAGCGUCUAGGCAGCUACCUCCAUUUGCUGUAAGAGCAAGUGAAUCCAGGGUUGGUGUUUUCCCAAUUGGGCUUGGCUUUCUUCGCCAGUUCAAGCACCCCACUAUUUUUCUCAAGAUCUCUUGUGAUGGCGACUACUUGCUUCCCGUUAUUGUUGGGGAUGCUGCUGUUGAGAAACUAUUAGACGUACCUCUGGGAGGCGGAGGCGUGAAUGAGGAAUGCCCCGAUCAGUUCCAGUUUGUGUCUGCUCUUGUCGACAAACUUGGACAUGAAGUUAAAAUGGUAAAGCUUACAAGUAGAGUAUUCAACACUUACUAUGCAAGUCUAUAUCUCGGCAAGCCAGGAGACAAUGAUGUUACCUGCAUUGAUUCACGGCCAUCAGAUGCCAUCAACGUUGCAAGAGCAUGCCAGGCUCCAAUAUAUGUGAAUAAAGCAAUAGUCCUGGAAGAUGCUAUCAAGAUUGGAUACGGAGGCAGGCCACGGAGCACCAAGCCCGUUUUCAAUGUUAUCCUUGACAGCGCUCCAGAAGGACCAGAUCCUUUGUCGGAGGAGCUUACACUAGUCAGGAAUAUGGAUUUGGCGUCUAAAGAGGAAAGGUACAUGGAUGCAGCCAUGUGGAGAGACAGAUUGAAGAAGCUUCAGAACUCAAGCUCGGUUGUAUACAAGGGUGUAGAAACUCCAGAGAGCUAUGACUAG